GUGAAGGCGGGAGGAUGAGAAGCAGAACUUUCAGUAGGAGCCUCUUUAGCUUUGUUUCUAGCGGGUAAACAACAACAGCGAUAGCGAAACUGGGAUGUGGUCAUAUACCAGCCUGCACCAGAGUUAAAACAUCACCCCGGCAGCAUUUUAUAAACAACUUUGCCCUGAGUAGACUGUUGGUUCCUUGUCGGUUCUGUUGAAGCUUAGUCCGGGAGCAGUUUGUUUAAGCUGCUAAGCUAACGUUCGUUUCUUAACGUCAACUUUUGGUCAGUGAACGUCCCUGGCUUUGCUGCUCUUGACUGGUUCAGUGGAAUGGCCACACGAAAACCACAGGAACCUGAUGUCAGCCUUCCUUUUGCUGCACUUCAGCUCCUGGCCCCGCCUGUGCGUCUGGUGUCUGCAGCUCUCUGGAAAGUGCUGAAGCAGAGGGACGUGAUGCAGUAUGGGGUUGUGGAGGAGUUUGUGACAUCGGCCUGUGAGUCUGUCCCUGGGCUGCUCACCGUGAGACACCAAGGCAAGCUGGCACUGGGACUGAGAGGACGGCUGAUCUUGGAGCUGUGCUGUACACAGCCUGAUGUGAAGGUGAUUGAGCCUCACCUGAAGAGGAUCCGAGCUCCAGCUGCCCCUUCAUCGUCCUCAGCUACUGUGAGGAAGGAUGUAAAAAUCAUGAGAACAGUCGAAAGUUUCCAUUCAUUGAUUCACACACUGCUAACAGACCCAGAAGAGAGAGAACAAUUCUUCAAGGUGGAGUUUCCUGUGGAUUAUGGUCCAAAGUUUGAUGAGGAACUUGAGAAGCUGCUGUGGGAGUUUUUGAUUCGACUGGAUCAGUUGCUUCCAGUUCCCAACUUAACUCAGACUGUGUCAUGGCUCAGUGAUACCCCACCUGUGCUGGAGGAGUGUGCACGGUCAGCCACCCAGCCUCAGCUCCUCAACAUUUUGCUGCAACAUCAAAGCUGUCUCGGUCACCUGGAAUUAGCAGCAUCCCUCCCUCCAAACAUGGGAGACUCCAUCCUGGAUUCACUUUCUCUGCCACCGUCUGGAAGAGUACCUUCAAAUCAACCAACAGGAGCCAAAACGUCUGCUGCGGACCAGUCUGGAGGCACACAGACAAGAGACAAAACACCAUUUAUUACGCCUGUUAUCGGACUAAUAUCUAAUGAAGAUGUGCCAAUCAUGAUCUCUGCCAGAAAAAGCGCACUUAGAGGUGAGGAGCCAGGCAGCUCAAAAGAUGCAACAAAGAAGAGCUCAGAAACAAAAGAGAACUUGAAUUUCACUGUGGUUAAACAGAGACAAAAACCCAGUGAUCACGGAGUGAAAGCGGGGGAAGAACAGCUGGAGGAGGAGGGGAACGCCUCAAAAAGAAGCAGAGGAGUGAAACGCAAGCAAUGUGACAAAAGACAAAGUGAAAUUGAGGAGGAGGGGGAGGGGGAGGAGGAGGAAGACGUGUUAGGCGUGGCCAGAUCUGGGAAAAAGAGCAUAAGCAGGGUCAGUCAUGGUAGAUGUGACCAGAGAACAAAUGAGGGUGAAGAAGACAAAACCGUAAGAAACAAGGAGGUUAACAGAGCAGAUCUGGCAACCUGUCUGACCCAGGUGGGUGUCAAAACCCUCAACCUGCCCAAUGAUCCGUCCCUCUGCUCCAUCUUUGUGUCUUGUCUGAGCUGCCAACCAAGAGUUAUUAUCAAAAAAAUGUCAGUGGCUUCUGCCAGUGACAACACCAGUGGUAGAGGAGGAAAAUCCAUAUAUAAGGGACAGCACACUCAACAGAGGAAGUCACCAGUCAAAACACCAGUGCAUAAAAGCAUGAGCAUCCAACUUCAAAAGCCUGACUCGGACAUUUCUGGCUUGGAUGAUAAAGAAAAUCAUCCUGUAUUACCGAGUGUAAGCAGCUCUCCCGUACUGCAGAGCAAUGCAGAGAUGUUGGGCCGUCCUGGAGAUGUUGAAGACUACGUCGCUGAUUCUGAGGAUGAGGCGACAAAGAACUUCAAAGGCAGGCUGUUCAUAAAGCGCUACUACAAGACCAAACACGGCACAUACAUUCCCACUCUGAGGGAGUUCUGGAAACCUGGGAUGGCACGGCGGGACUUGCUGUCUGAUGGCAGGAAACGCAGAUGAUAACAUAGAUUUUCAAUGCCACGUUUUGUCAAUACCAGAUGACUCGGACUGUGGAAAAGCUGGAUUUCUCCACCAGCUUCAGUACAUUGAAUAAAUAACACAAAUCAUUUGAAAUGCACCAGCCACUGUGGCUGACAGACUUUUUUUUUUUUAUCUUUCUCUUGUAUUAUGUUGUGAUUGUAGCUGAAUUCAGCUGAUCCAUCUAAUUUCAACUUCAAGUUGUGUAAUCAUAGAAAACAAGCCCUGAAAUGGUGCUGACACUGAUUAUUGACAAUAUCAUGCAAAGAAAACUUUGUUACUUUAAAAUGUUACUGUACAGUUUUUGUAAAUAAAGAUUAGACAUUAUGUUACAAAUUAGUACUUUUUUAUAAACAUUUAUGAACUGUAAUGUUCAAUUAAUAAAGGUUUUUUGUGUUGCAAUCAUAUUUUGUCACUUUGUACA